CCUGACAAUUCCCUUCCGUGUAACAUUAAAGCCCAAAAAGGUAAGGAGCUGGUAUUGUCGCUCCAUAAAAAUACUCUGCCGCCAACUCUUUGGUUUAGUAAAUGCUCUGCGCGCUUCACCAAACCUCCCUUCCCGGCCAUAAUUCAAGAUUCUCAGGUAUUGAGAGUACGUUGCAAGCUGGUUGAAGACGCCGUCCGUAGCCUAGGGUUUCAGAUACCUUGAAUGUAGAGAGAGAUGAUCAAAAGAGGCUGUUUGAACAGAGGCUGAGGGUUUCAGGGUGCGAUAUAAUCUCUGUUUUUUUUUCUCAAGUGGGCAAUGAACUCCAUUUUCCGAGGCAGUGAGAUAGUCUCAAUGGUUCAACUACCAGAAGGAGUAACACCGUUCAUAUAUAUUAAUCAGAAUGACUUUUCAGGCCGAAAAUACAAAAAGCAGAAAGAAGAGGACAUUGCUGUCUGCGAAUGCAAAUAUGAUGCCAAUGAUCCUGAUAGUGCAUGUGGGGAGAGGUGCUUGAAUGUACUGACCAGCACAGAAUGCACGCCUAGCUACUGCCCUUGCGGUGACUAUUGCAAGAAUCAGCGAUUCCAGAAAUGUGAAUAUGCUAAAACAAAGUUGUUUAAAACCGAGGGCCGUGGGUGGGGUCUUCUGGCUGAUGAGAAUAUUAAGGCUGGACGGUUCAUUAUUGAAUAUUGUGGAGAAGUAAUUACAUCAGAAGAAGCGCAGCAAAGGUCCCAAACUUAUGAAGCUCAAGGUCUCAAGGAUGCAUAUAUCAUCUCUCUUAGUUCUAAUUAUUUUAUUGAUGCCACUAAAAAGGGAAGCCUUGCUAGAUUUAUAAACCAUUCGUGCCAACCAAAUUGUGAGACAAGGAAAUGGACGGUUUUGGGGGAAAUAAGGGUUGGAAUAUUUGCGAAGCAAGAUAUUUGUGUCGGAACUGAAUUGGCAUAUGAUUACAAUUUUGAAUGGUAUGGUGGUUCUAAUGUUCGCUGUCUGUGUGGGGCGGUUAACUGUUCUAAAUUUCUUGGUGCUAAGUCUUCUGGUUUCCUGGAGCAUAACCAUGUAUGGGAAGACGGCGAUGACAGAUAUACAGUAGAGAAAAUCCCACUCUAUGAUUCUGCAGAAGAAGAUGAGACUUCAUCAAAGCUUCCCAAAACUACAAGCCCCUUAAAGCCUGAAUUCUUAGCCUUUGGGAAAAAUGAUCACUCCUUGAUAGUGGAUGUUAGUGUGGGAUCUAUAAAUCAGUUGGAGUCCAUUGCUCUCGUUGAGCCACUUUAUUCAUUCCCAGUGGAAAACGCGACAGCAAAUACAGUGAAAACUGAAGUAAAUGAGGAGACUAAAUUGUAUUCACAAGAUUCUCAAAAGUCCUUUCCGCAAAGCAAUAGUGCAGGUCAGAAUUAUCACCCUGGAACAGGCUCCAUCCCAAAGAAAAGAGCACAGCAUAUGCCUAAACAAAAGUCAAAACAUGUUGGCCGAAAGCAAUUUGAUGCAAAACAUGUUGCUAAACUAUUUAAAUCAAAGGAAACACAAGAGGAAGUCCUGAAAUAUGAGGAAGUGAAAAAUGGUGCCACUUUCAAACUUGAUUCCUUAUACGACGAAAUACGUCCUGCUAUUGAAGAACAUGAGAGAGAUAGCCAAGACAGUGUGCCUACCAGUGUAGCGGAGAAAUGGAUAAAAGCCAGCUGCAAUAAAUUGAAAGCGGAUUUCGACCUUCACUUUUCCAUUGUCAAGAAUUUUGUCUGCCCUCCUCAAAAAGCAUCUGAUGAAACAAAACCUUUAGAAGGUGACAAUGAAAAUGAAAAUGAAGUGAAGCAUUGACAAAUUAGUGAUCAUGAAUCAUGAAUGUUUUUUAUUAUUAUUAUUAUUUUUUUCCCAGAUUUAUAAUCGCGGAUGUUACUUUCGACCUUGCUCCCUUUUCGUUUUGCAUUUUAGUUGUUUUGAAGGUAUUUUGAACAUGGUGGUAUCUAGAAUUGUUAAAUUCCUAUAACUGAACUUGAUCAUUGAUUAAGGCAACUAAAUUGAACUGUUCCUGUGUUCUUUACCUUUGUUGAUAAAGAAGGUUAACUUUAUUGA